AUGUCUGCCAUGAUGCUCACCUUCGUUGCUCUGCUCUUUGGCAUUGCCACUGCGCAGUGUCCUGACUAUCUCGACUACUCCACGGUCAAACACUACCCUUACUCUGGUGGUAGUCACAACAUCUCCUACCAGCGCCCUGACCCGGCCUGCCGCACCUUCAAUCUAUCUCUUCUUAAUGACGUCGUCAUUUUCGAUGUCAUGCGUGCUGUUCCUGAUCUCGACCUCUUCCGCCUUUUCAUUAAUGCCUACCCAAACACUCUUGACACGGCCGUCCGCUGGAAGGGGUACGCCACCGAUUCUCCUGAUGAGGAACUCACCUUCCUUGUCACUGGAGACAUCGAUGCCAUGUGGCUAAGAGACAGCAGUAAUCAGAUGCACUCUUAUCUGCCUCUUCUCACGGCAAACUCUUCCGCGGACUCGCUUGCGUCUCUUUUCCGUGGUGUCAUCAAUCUGCAGGCCCGCUACCUUCUCACCUCGCCUUAUUGCAAUGCUUUCCAACCACCCAUCGAAAGUGGCAUUGCUCCUGCGAACAACCCUUCAGCCAGCCAAGAUGUUGUCUUUCCCACUUAUGACAACACCUCAGUCUUUGAGUGCAAGUACGAGUUGGAUUCUCUCGCUGCCUUCCUCCAGAUCAGUGCCGACUACUACAACGCUACCGGAGACAUUAACUUCUUCGCCAAGCACCACUGGAUCGAAACCAUCAACCAUGUAUACCAAGUUUUUGACAGCCUUUAUUUCGCCUCUACAUACGAUACUGAUGGGCAGGUAAAGCAGCCUGACUACUCCUUUACCAGAAUGAGCAACCGCGCGACUGAAACAUUAGCCAACGAUGGACUGGGCAAUCCCUUUAAAGGUGGUAUUGGUCUCUUCCGCUCCGCCUUCAGACCUUCAGAUGAUGCUACGAUUUACCAAUACCUCAUUCCGGCAAACAUGAUGCUAGCUCACUAUCUUGAGGCGACUGCUCCUAUUUUGCUCGCGCUAAAUGCUUCGUCGAGUGCUAUCACUUCUGCACACAUGACUCAGCUUGCCGCAGUGAUUAGACAAGGUAUUGAGGAGCACGGUAUUGUCACUGUAGACGGCAAGCAAGUCUACGCCUACGAGGUUGAUGGAUAUGGCUCUGCCAAUAUUAUGGACGAUGCUAACAUUCCCUCCCUCCUCUCGGCACCUCUCAUCGGCUAUCUUGACGCCAAUGAUGAAGUCUACCAGAACACGCGCUCCUUGCUUCUGAGUGACCGCAAUCCUUACUUCAUGCAAGGUCCUGUUAUCAGUGCUAUCGGAGGUCCCCACAACGGCCCUGGUUACGCCUGGCCUAUGGCUUCGAUUGUACGCAUAUUGACCAGCGACAACGACACCGAAAUCACUGAGCAAUUGGCCAUGAUACUCAGUAGUACAAACGAACUUGGCCUCAUCCACGAAAGCAUCAACGCUUCCAACCAAACAGACUACACUCGACCAUGGUUUUCUUGGGCCAACGGUCUUUUCGGCCAGAUGAUCCUGGAGCUGUGUGAUCGCAAGCCUCAUGUUCUGGCACAAAGCUUUCAAUAG